CAGACAGGUACGGUUUUAGUAAUAGCUAUUUUAUCAAUGAUGAAAACUUUAUAAUCUAUCCCCUUUGACCUCAUUUGCAAACAAGUGAUGUCUCAAUUCCAAAGUUCGCAACAUCAUGCCAAAGACAAUAAACAUAGAAAAAAAGAGAUGGUUUCUCUGUAUGGCAUAUCCGAUGAACAUCUAGUCAACCUCCCGGUUAAAGAUUUAAACAGACUUUUAAAAGGGAUGUCUAAAAGCGAAAUGUUUAAGUUAAAACAGCGUAGGAGAACAUUGAAAAAUAGGGGAUAUGCGGCUAGCUGCCGCACAAAACGAGUCAGUGUUAAGGAAUCAUUGGAAGGUAACAAAACAGGCUUAGAAAAAGAAGUUGAACAAAUUAGACAACACAAUUCUAUUCUGAAAGAAGAAUUAAAGGCUAUUAAAAUGAAGUAUGUAACUUUGAAAAAAUUUUCACAAGAAAAUAAAGUUAUAUCUUUUGUCAAAGUGGAAAAGAAGCCUUAAUUUAUAUAUUAUGGCAAACCAUUUAGUUUAAAAAUUUGUAUUAAAUUAUAUUUUAUAAUAUUUAUUAUAAUAUUUAUUGACAAAUUUUUAAAAUAUUAUGCAUUAAAGAUGAAUCUCAUUUUUAUUUUAUAGAUAUAAUACAUUACUUUGUUAAAGACUAAUUUUAAAAGUAGCAAUUCACCCAAAUGAUAAGCCCCUUAAAAAGGAUAGAGUAAAAGUUGGCAUGACCCAAAAAACCCCACUCAUGGGCUGGGGAAAAAGAUUUUUAUAGCUGGUUAAAAUUGUUCAAAAUAUUUUACAAGUUGGCUGAAGCUUAUAUUGAGCAUUUUCCUUCAUUAAAAAUCAGUUUGAAAAUUAAAAUAAUUAGUAAAAUCUUAUUUUUUUUUAAAAAUGACUUUACCAAAAAAUGCUAAUGUUGUAAAUAUUAGAGGUUGGCAUGGACUGUCCAGUGUAAGGUUUGGAUAUUAAAACCUUUUUGGGAGCUUGGGCUGGACUGUAAGAGGUAUCCUAAAUAAUUAUUUUAAUUCAUAAUGUAAUGAAAAAGCAGAAAAAAAUUAUUAUGUUAUAAAGAAAGAGCAUUUUCAGUAGCUGAUGAUAGGGCCUUUGACUCAUUUAAAGCAUGAUAUCUUUAUAAUAUGUUCAUUAUAUCAUGUAUUUUUAUAUGAUCAUAAUUUUUGAAUACGAUUAUAUUAUAACUUUUUUAUUAUUUAAGCUGAAUAAAAUGUAUGUUUUGAAUUUAAAUAAAA